CAGAUCUUAAAAUGGAGAGUAGAAUAAUUUUGUCGUGUCUGUGUUCUGCGUUUUUAGUGCAACUGUCCCUGGGCCAACAAAGGUUUGUCCUAAGUCAAACUGGUAUUGGCAACAGACUGCCAAAUAAUCUACUAGUUGGUCAGAAUUUGGGAAGACAAGUGGUAAAUAAUAUCGGUGGAUUUCAGCAACCUAUGAAUCCGCUCAACAACCGAGUGGUGAUCAGGAGAACGGCCCAAUUUAAUAACAAUGGUUUAAUGGUGAACCCGCUUCCUCUGAACAACUUCCAAGUUGGCUUAAACGGUUUAACUGUGAGGCAAAGACCAAUUAAUAGUUUGAACCGACUAAACAGUUUCACAUCAAACCCAAUUUCUUUCAAUGGAUUAAACCAGGUUGGAGUGAAUCGGGUUGGUGUAAAUAAUCUUGGUACCAAUACAUUACAGCUAAACAGAAUUGGAACAAAUGGUUUAAACCUGAAGCAAAAUGUUUUAAGAAUUAACCCAACAGGCGUAAACAAUUUACAGCCGGUUAACCUACGGGCUAACAAUUUGGGACUGAACAGAAUGCAGAUUGGAACUGGGUUAUCUGUGAGUCAACUUGGAGGAAACGCUUUGGGUGGUCAAAUCAGAGGCAACGGUUUGACAACCCAGUUUGUUGGAAACGGUUUGGCAACCCAGCUUGCUCGAAACGACUUGGCAACUCAACUUGUUGGAAACGGUUUGUCUACUCAGUUGGGAGGAAAUGGUUUAGGUUUAAAUCAACUCGGUAUGAAUAAUAUAGAUUUAAGCCGGCUCGGUUUUAACCAAAGACCCAACACAAGACCCAUGUUUCUUUCGGGUGAUAUAAUUGAAAAACAAAUCAAAUUAAGAAAGAAGAUAAAUAAAGCUAUACAGGAAGUUGUUGGUGUUUAAACCUACCAUUGAAAUUACAUUCAAAUUUAUAAAAAUAAGCUUCAAAAUAAUGGAAUGGCCGUUUUCUCCAGUUUUGAACAAAAACUUACGAGGUUUUCUUGUGAAAAUCAUUAUCAGGGAUAUUUAGUUUUGUUGUAGGUACAUUUCCUAAAGUUAUAUAAGAGAUUGUCGAGUAAAAAUACUUUCAUUGUCAGAUUCAUAUUUUUAUAACUUGUCAUUCACACUACUAAAAAAUAAAGGCAAAAGUUUUUUUGUCAGUAAGGUAGAGAUUAUUAUAACAUAAUAUUUAUUUAAAUAAGCCGAUCGCGAAAAUUGAUUUUAUGACGCAGUAGUUGAUAUGCUACUUCUGAAAUCAUUACUUAUUACAUUUCAAAUCACACAUUCUUAU